AUGGCCGCACAGAAAGUUGCCCUAAUCACAGCCGGUACAGCAGGUCUCGGUGCUGCCAUUGCCCGUGUGCUAGCACCAGACUUUCGAGUAGUAAUCAACUACGCAAACAACAGCUCCCGCGCCGAAGACGUCCUCAAAGAACUCAAUGCCAUCCCCAGCACCGUGUCCUCUACAGCAUCCCCCCGCUUCCACGCCAUAAAAGCAGACAUCGGCAACCGCGACGCCAUAAACUCUCUCGUCCAAGAAACCCUCUCCACCAUGGGCCGCCUCGACGUCGUAAUCUCCAACGCAGGCUACACGCGCCUCACAAACUUUAUGAACUUUGACGAACAACAUUUCGACGAAGACUGGGAUAAAUGUUUUCUCUACAAUGUAAAAGCACACAUGUGGUUGGCUUAUGCUUGCCGUGAGCACCUUGAUGCCACGGCAGGUGCGUUUAUAACCACAGCUAGUAUCGCUGGUGUCAAGCCUAGUGGGAGUUCAUUGCCGUAUGCGGUUACCAAAGCCGCGAGUAUACAUUUGACUAAGUGUUUGGCGAAUAUUUGUGCGCCCAAGAUCAGGUUUAAUUCGGUGGCUCCCGGGUUGAUGUUGACGGAGUGGGGGUUGAAGUUUUCGGAGCAGAAGAGGGAAGCGCAUAAGAAUGGGACGAAGUUGAAGAGGUUGCCUGAGGUUGAUGAUGUGGCGGACCAAGUACGAGCAAUUGCUUUGUCGAGGAGUAUGACGGGACAGAAUGUCAUCAUUGAUUGUGGGCUGACGAGCUGA